UUCCCCGUCAUAUCCGCCCAUCGUGUAGCCUUGCCGAAUGCCGAGUUACACUGUCACCGCGGCUUGUUCCCUCAUUGUGCACUGAAUGGCAGUUCUGCAGGUCUGGCCCAGGGCCCUCGGCAAGGGUAUUUCCAAAGCCUUGGCCGUGGACAUGGAUUCGUAUCCAUUGCCCCAAAUGUAAUCUUUAUGAUGAUGAGAAUGAGAACUGGACUGAAGUAUUUGAUUGGCAGCUGGUCGUGCUCGUCUGCGCGGAGACGGCAAGUUGAUGCCUUAGACCUGAGGCCCCAAAACAGACCAAAGCGAACAAACAGCGGGGGUGUCAAAGAAAUGCCUGCAACUUCUGCAAAGAUUAUACUCACUCAUUGCCUUGCAUUUGACGGUACAUUCUGAAACUUGUGGGCCUAGGAAAUGCUAUUCAUUGUGCGGCGUGUCUAGGAACCCAUGGCCUCGUCCACAACUUCCGAGAUCCAGAUGAGUGUCUGCCCAAAUCGAAAUUCUCCGGAGAUCAAGCCCGAAGAAUGCGAUCCACAGACUGCGCAGCCUACUGAGCCUUCAAAUGCUCGCGGCAAAUGGAGGAUCGGUGCGAUAUUGAUUGCAUUGGCGUUAAGCUUAUUUAUUUCUGCUCUGGAUCAAACAAUUGUAGCUACAGCUGCUCCCACAAUAUCAGCAGACUUACAUUCUGGCGGUGGAUAUGUCUGGAUCGGUGGCGCCUAUCUCCUCGGAAAUGCCGCCAGCGGCAACAUUUGGGCCAAUCUCUCUGAUAUCUGGGGGAGGAGACCAAUUCUCCUGUCAGCAGUUGCACUCUUCUUUGUGUCGUCGAUCAUAUGUGCCACGGCAGUGGACAUGCCCAUGUUGAUUGUAGGUCGCAGUAUCCAAGGUGUCGCCGGCAGUGGGCUCAUCCAGCUCAUCCUCAUUACUAUAUCUGAUCUGUUCAGUGUCAGAGUACGUAGCCUGUUUAUGGGGCUCAUGGAAUGCAUUUGGACUGUUGCGGGAGCGCUUGGCCCCGUGCUCGGAGGCUCUUUUACUGAAUCUGUUUCGUGGCGCUGGAUCUUCUGGAUCAACCUUCCAGUAUGUGGAGCCGCUUUCGUGCUUCUUAUCCUAUUCCUUGAUGUCCAUAACCCGAAGACACCUUUCAUCGAUGGCAUCAAAGCAGUGGACUGGUUCGGUAGCUUCUCCAUUCUAGCUAUCUCCAUCAUGGUCCUCCUAGGACUCGACUUCGGCGGUGCUACGUUCCCUUGGGAUAGCCCCAAGGUUAUCUGUUUGAUUGUAUUCGGUGCUUUGAUGUCGAUUGCGUUCAUUUACAGCGAAAAGAGGCUGGCAAAGUACCCUCUUAUGCCGCUUCAUGUGUUCAAAAGUCGCUCGAACAUUGCAUGCUUCUUAGUAGACUUUACACACGGUUUUGUGAGUUCUCUAAUAUACCAAGGCAUCCGAGUGAAAAGAAGUACUCACUUAUGGAUGCAGGCCUUCCUCGGUUCAGAGUACUUCCUCCCCCUCUACUUUCAAUCCACCAAAGAAGCAUCCCCAUUUCACUCGGGUAUUCUAAUUCUCCCUUUCAUCUUGAGCGAAUGUCUCGCUAGUCUCUCAGUGGGGAUUUUCAUUCACCGUACCGGCCACUACCGAGGGGUGAUAUGGCUUGGAAUGACGGCUGUGGUUCUUGGAAUGGGUCUAUUCAUCGAUUACAACACCACCACCGUUCUAGGAAAAAUCAUCAGCUACCAAAUAAUAGCAGGAUUCGGCUGUGGCCUUCUCUUCUUCCCUCCACUGCUCGCACUUCAAAACAACAUCCCAACUAAAGAUACGGCAACCGCAACUGCAACAUUCGGCUUCGUUCGCAAUCUCGCCAUGGCCCUUUCCGUUGUCCUAGGCGGUGUUGUCUUCCAGAACAGCAUGCUCAUGAAACAGCCUCUCCUCGGUGAUGCAGGUCUUUCAUCAACCCUACAGGAGGAAUUUACCGGCGCGGAAGCCGCGGCGAAUGCCCUUUCUGUCAAGGAUGUGGUGGAUCCGCUUCAGCGCCAAGCUGUGAAGCAGGCAUUUGCUUGGAGCAUUCGCAAUAUAUGGAUUUUGUAUACAGCGCUUGCGGCUGUGGGACUUGUUGCAAGUGCGUUCAUCAGAAAACAGGAGCUUAGCAAGGAACAUGUAGAGACCAAAACCGGGUUGAAAGAGAAGGAUCCCUCUGUAUCCGUGGCUUUACAGGAGAGACCAGUUUCGAGCGUUUAAAGGCUAGAACUGCUUCAUUUUCUAGUUUGUAUAUAUGGCUUAGAAAAUACGUAGUCCAAUAUAUAGAGGGAAAUCGUAUGUAUUUUCCCAGCAGCCGAGAACCCUUCGGGAAAUAUUACUCAAUAGUAAUGCUCAGCAGAAAC